UCCCUGUUCGGCUACUGCCCUCAAUCAAAAUGGCGCUAGCUCGGUAGCCGCCCAGGUUUUAAGGAGUUUGCCGAAGCAGGUCCGGAAGCUACCGAGCGAGUCCGGAAGUUGCCGAAAGACGAGCAGCGGGGUAGGAGGAUGGCGGAUAUCAUCGCACGACUCCGGGAGGACGGAAUCCAAAAGCGCGUGAUCCAGGAGGGCCGAGGCGACCUCCCCGGCUACGAGGACGGAACCAAGGCCACAUUCCACUAUCGGACACUGCACAGUGACAAUGAGGGCUCGGUGCUGGAUGACAGCAGGGUCCGUGGCAAGCCCAUGGAGCUCAUCAUUGGCAAGAAGUUCAAGCUGCCCGUGUGGGAGACCAUCGUGCGCUCCAUGCGUGAAGGGGAGACUGCCGAGUUCCUCUGUGACGUCAAGCACGUGGUCCUGUACCCGUUGGUGGCCAAAAGCCUCCGCAACAUCGCGGCAGGCAAGGACCCGCUGGAGGGCCAGCGGCACUGCUGCGGCAUGGCGCAAAUGCAUGAACACAGCUCGCUGGGCCACGCCGACCUGGACGCCCUGCAGCACAACCCGCAGCCGCUCGUCUUCCACUUUGAGAUGCUGAAGGUGGAGAGCCCUGGCACGUACCAGCAGGACCCAUGGGCCAUGACGGACGAGGAGAAGGCCAAGGCUGUACCACUCAUCCACCAAGAAGGCAACCGGCUGUACCGUGAGGGGCAGGUCAAGGAGGCGGCCGCCAAGUACUACGACGCCAUCGCCUGCCUCAAGAACCUGCAGAUGAAGGAACAGCCUGGGUCCCCUGACUGGAUCCAGCUGGACCAGCAGAUCACCCCCCUGCUGCUCAAUUACUGCCAGUGCAAGCUGGUGGCUGAAGAAUAUUACGAGGUGCUGGACCACUGCUCCUCCAUCCUCAAUAAGUACGACGACAAUGUCAAGGCCUACUUCAAGCGGGGCAAGGCCCAUGCGGCCGUGUGGAACGCGCAGGAGGCCCAGGCCGACUUCGCCAAGGUGCUGGAGCUGGACCCGGCCCUGGCACCCAUCGUGAGCCGGGAGCUGCGGGCCCUGGAGGCGCGGAUCCGGCAGAAGGAUGAGGAGGACAAGGCCCGCUUCCGUGGCAUUUUCUCCCACUGACGGGGACCCGGGCUGCCCGGCUGGCCCUGCCCGCCACCUGCCCUGCCCACCCCGCCCCUGCUUCUCUGUAUAUAAAGGCCUUAUUUAUCGCUC